AUCUCGCGCCGUCCACCUUCAGUCAGUCUACCGGAGCGAGCGGUGCGAGUCGAACGCAAAUUUUUCGGGAUCGUGCGCGCGCGUGCCAAUAACCGUGACAGAUCGUGCUUGAGGCCGGGAACCGGGACCGGGAGUGUAUUUAUCAUACAUUUAUUUCUGCCACGGCACCGGACGUCGUUGGCGGAUUAUCUCGGAGGAGCGAAAUUGGGAGUUUAUUUUCUUAUUUUGUGAUUCGUUCCAGUGAAAAUAUUAGCGCCGGAAACAAACCUGGAACAGACAUAUUCUAAUCGAUCAAAAGCAGCGUGGAGUGUGCACGCACGACAGGCGAGGAGAACGCUGUUUUUGGUUUGGUUUUAGUGAUUUAUUACGCGAUCACCCGGUGACACCAGAUAUCUCGAAUCCGUGUGAAUGGGAAGGAGAUGAUCUGUUGUAGUAUGAGGAUCGUAAAUCGAUCACCGCAGAUGAAUCAAAGCAGGAAAAGAUGAACGGGUCAAUCGAUAAUGGUUAGCAGGUCCUCCUGAGAAUGGCUCCAACAGUGUACUCGCCUUUGGGGGAGUGAGUGAUCUUAUCGCAUCGGACUGCGAUCUUCGGAAAAAAUAAAUUUAAAUUUUGGACUCCGAGCGUUUCAACGGGAAACGUGGAGAAACCAAUUGGGGCAGGAAAUCGUUCAUCAUUAUCUUCCCGAGAAGUGAGAUAGAGCAAAGAGAAAAAAAAAUAAAACAAGAUCGGUGCUAGGCCGUCGAAGGUGUCAUGCCGAGGCGUUUUGUGUUCUGUUUGCCUCCUCUGAAACGCCACAAAUAAGGCUUAAAGAUAGUGCGAGCUCAGAAACACGAUACCUCCUUAUAAGUGAGUCAGUGUCUUAGAUGGAAACAAAACAAGAAAAAAAAGCCUUAGUGCGUACCGGGUUUCGCAAAUCAUCAGUGGUUCCAAGUGAUAUUCGGAAAGAUCAGGCGUGAAAGAGCAUAUCUACCAACUAGUCGCGAUCAGUAGGAUCGAUGAUUAUAAGUUCGAAGUAAACGUGGAGCUGCCCAAAAAUACGAAAAGCAAUCAGAAGAGGGCCAGCCAGCAAAAAAGUGCUAAUUUAGUGGCUAAAGAUCAAACAUUGGGUUUUGAAAGCGUGUUUGCCAUUUAUUGGAUCUACCAAGAAGAAGAAAUAUUUGCCACUUUUUUACGCUCCACCACAGUUCGAACGUGCUACUGAAUUCGUUGCCCGUUUUUUUACGCGAGGCCAUAUUUUUGCGACCGAUUGCGAUUUAGGGAAGUGGAAAUUGUCCUUCUUGGAAGUUGGGGCUUUUUUGGGGCAGGGAUCCCUUGAGCCAACUAAGAAAAAAAGGAAGAAAAUGAUGAAGUAUGCUUCUGGAGCAGUCGGCAGCGGAGUUUGGCGGCAGCAGCUGUUACGGUGGAUGCUGAGGCUGAAUCUGAUCUUUGGGUUGUUUCUGACUUGCUCGAUGGUUGCGCAAGCAGAAUCAAAAUUGCAAGGUCUCUACACACAUCACCUGGAAGACUCGGCCCAGUUGGUGGUUCCACGGAAAGUGAAUCACCGAGGCGAGUUUCUAUCGCAUCGAUUAGUACAUCAUCAUCAUCAACAACAACAACAGCAUCUAGAUCGCCAGAGGCCUAAUGAUGGGCAGCAUAGUUUAGAUUACGAUUCCCAGCAGGACUGGGAUCAGAAUAGGAUAGUUGAAGAUCUAGACAACAUCUACGGCCGUAGAGUUAAACGAUCAGCAAGUGCAGACAAUGCUGGAGAAGAAUUGGCAGAUCCCAAGAAACUACACUACCAUGUGGAUGUUGGGGAUCAAACGUUGCAUCUGGAACUAGAGCCAUCAACGGAAUCGUUCGUAGCGCCAUUAAUGGUAGUGGAACGGCAUCGACGAGAUCUACGCACCAGAUCGCGCUCCAAGAAGCACAUUCACAGCUGUCACUACCAAGGGCACAUCCGAGGUCACGACCAGUCCCGAGUUGCUCUGUCCGCCUGCCAAAAUGGUUUGGACCCCUUUUUCUUUGUCUCGUAUGAAGUUUGCUGUUCGGAGGACGAGAAGCACGUGCAGUUGAGGCCGGUAAUUGCCGAAAAAGCACCGUUAGUGCUGUUCACCGAAGCGACCGACUGUCCCUAA